CUUGAGUUUCUCGUUAUCAUAAAUACGAGUUUGUGUUUCUUGAUACUCACGUAGAAAUUAUCUGUUAAAAUUGUUUCAGGACCGUAAUCAUCGCUGAUCUAGUGAUAAAGUGGAUUUGCAAUGUCUCGGUUUAGCGGAGCACUACAACUUACAGAUUUAGAUGAUUUUAUAACACCGUCACAGGAAUGUAUAAAACCCGUGAAGAUUGAAACCAACAAAUCAAAAACUGGAUCCAAAAUAACCAUCCAAGAUGACGGGUCUUACAUGCAAGCUACUUCCAGUGGCCUGCAAAAGUUGGAAAAGGUGGAAAUCACAUUGGCCGAUUGUCUUGCUUGUUCCGGUUGCAUCACCUCAGCGGAGGGUGUCCUCAUCACGCAGCAAAGUCAGGAAGAGCUCCUGAAAGUGAUGAACGAAAAUAAUUUGGCGAAACUGAAUAAUCAACUGGAUUCCGUAAGGUACAUUGUGUUCACUGUCGCCCAACAACCAAUUCUAUCAUUGGCCAAGCGAUACAAUUUAGGUCCUGAGGAAACCUUUGAGCGUGUCGCUGGCUACUUCAAGAAGCUCGGUGCUGAUAUGGUUGUAGACACAAAGAUAGCAGACGAUUUGUCUUUGAUUGAGAGUCGAAAUGAAUUCGUAGAACGGUUCAAUACUAAUAGGCAAUCGAUGCCUAUGAUGGCCUCAUCUUGUCCUGGAUGGGUGUGUUACGCCGAGAAGACCCAUGGAAAUUUUAUUUUGCCUUUCAUUGCCACAACGAGAUCACCCCAGCAGAUUAUGGGCGUUUUGGUUAAGAAAUAUCUUGCCAAAAUACUGGGUGUUCCUGGGGAUCGAAUCUACCAUGUGACAGUAAUGCCAUGCUAUGAUAAAAAGUUGGAAGCUUCGCGUGAAGAUUUCUUCUCGGAUGUGGACAAUUGUCGGGAUGUUGACUGUGUGAUAACAUCCAUUGAAAUCGAACAAAUGUUGGACGGAACGGGCAUUCAAUUCCUUCAAACAGUGGAACCAUCACCUAUCGAUUGGCCAUGGCCAACGCCUCGUCCUUCUGCCUUUGUGUGGGCCCAUGAGAGCUCGGGAUCAGGAGGAUACAGCGAAUACAUCUUCAAAUACGCAGCGCGCAAGCUAUUUAACAUAAAUAUCGAUCAAGCUGAGUUUAAAAUCCUACGCAAUAAUGAUCUCCGUGAAGCGAUCCUGGAAAUAAAUGGAGAAGUUUUGCUACGCUUCGCGAUUGCAAAUGGCUUUAGGAACAUUCAAAACAUGGUUCAGAAACUGAAACGAGGAAAAUGUAACUAUCACUUUAUAGAGAUAAUGGCAUGUCCCUCCGGUUGUCUCAACGGUGGGGCACAAGUCCGGCCAAAUAGUGGUCAAACACCACGAGAACUAACAGCGGAAUUAGAAGCCAUGUACAAGAUGUUACCUCAGUCGAAUCCAGAAAACGAAGCGGUAGAGAUGGUGUACACAACCUUCCUGGACAAUGCUGGUGAUAAUAACAAACGGAAAGAGUUUUUACACACAAGUUACCACCAGAUCGAAAAAAUGAAUACUGCGUUGAAUAUAAAAUGGUGAUUUGUAUAGAUCAUGAUGUAAAAUAAAGUUGAUCAAUUUAAAA